AUGGAGGUUUGCAACUAAAAAAGCACUAUUAUUUGUUCCCUUACUACUAACAUUGUAUUGGGUUCUAUAUUUUACUACUACACAUUCAUUGUAGAAAAGGAUGAGAAAUGUUUAGCUACCUACAUUAGUAACACUCCUCAAUCACUACAGCUUAAGAAUGGCAGAGAUAUUGUUGAUGUCUCCUAGAACUUUGAUUAGGUACUGAAACUUUACUUCUGGUCCAUCGUGGUCAAUGUCAUCCAAGACAUCCUAAGGCUGUUUUUCUUUAGUUGGGACAACAGAAAGAUAAAAAAUACUAUAUUAAUGUUGUCUUUGGCCUACCUAGUACAGCUCUAUGCCUUUGUGAUGAAUAAUAUUUACAGACUUAGACAUGAAGGGAUGGUAUGUUCAGGGGAUUAUUAGACUGAUGAGUAGAAAAAUGAAGAAUUCUUUAAAUUGACCUAUAUAGAAUAGAGAGGCUAAUUUUUAUGGGUGUUUCUAAUUGUCAACUGGACUAUGGUUGCUUGUGGCCUUUGCAUCUUGCUAUUGUGUCUAGCCUAAAGUGAUUCAUUUGUGCUCCUAAAUGUCAUGCAAGGCCUAUGUGUAUGA